GCGGAAUCGUGAAGUGGGAGAGAAAAAGCACAUAAUAUCUCUGAGAUGAAGCUCAUAGUGGACAAAGUGGGCUGGUUAGUGGUAAUGUUUGCGGAUGCAGCGAGCAUGGCCACUGUCAUUGUACCAUCGAGGACGACGAUUGUGACGGGCGCUUACCGAGGAACGUUUGAAAAUAAGAUUUGAGAGUCGGACCGGGGCCAUCCGGGGAAAAGAGAGCGAAGGGCAUGGGUGGAGGAUAGAGGUGUUGUGCACAGUCAUCUUCUUAUAGUCCGCGUCCUCGACAUGCUGAUACACCUCUCUUCCGUUCCUUAACCCACGUUCACCCCCAGGAUAUCCCUGUAUAUCCUCUUGACUCUUGGACGCGAUCGGAGCUGUCGCCUUGACGUUGAUCGUUUGUGUACUUGGUGAGCACUCUCUUCAUGGCCCUGGAAGAACCGUUGUUCUCACUAGAUGCGUCUCAGUUAUUGAUUGUAGAGAUAGAUCCUCGUUCUCCCGGUCGUCCCCAUUCUGCCUUGUGGCCUCAGGCUCAAGCUUCCUCUUGUACCCCUAUUCACGUCGCCAGGAUGCUCGAAAGCUGGGGCUUGCAUAGUCGUUUCUUAAACCCCUCCUCUUCCUCCGAUGCAUCAUCAUCCAAUUCACGUUCUUCUCAUCUCAGUAUUUUGACUUCCACGUCGUCUAUAUCCUCCGCGCUGUCCGACGCGCAGGCCCCGUCACCUCCUUCCCCCACCCAUUCCAACGCUUCCGGCUCGAGCAAGACUCAUGCAUUCUUUGGCUCACCGUUUGCAGAUGGGUUUUCCUCUCCGCCUCCGCCGCCGCCACCGAAAUUGCCUUCACGCGCUUCAUCUGUAAAGUCUCAGUCACGCACCGCAGACUUCUUCGGAACGCCCACAGCAGACUCGCACCCCGGACCCCCACCGAAUAUCCAUUCUCUUCACGGGAGUCCUGUAACUUCACCAGUCAACUCACCGCCAUCCUCGCCACCUGCAUCGAAGACAAAGGUUCUCCCACCGCUCUCUCGCAUUUUCCCUUCUCGCAUACCUUACGUCGCCAUAGACGGCCUUCCUUCUCGGGAGCCGUCUUUUACCACCCGAAGAGACUUUCUCUACUUUGACAGUAAUCAUCCACCGCAUACAUACCAUCCUGAAUCGCCCACGUCUUUGGCAGACGCCUCCGCUUCUGGUUCUACCGUAGAAACACCGCCAACAACGUCUACUGCUACUACCGCUCCUUCUUCGACACCCGGACCGUCAGGAUUACCCACUCCAAUAGUAUCUGCCACCGUACCACGCCACUUGCAGCCUCAUGAACCCGAACGUCCACCCGUCCCGCUAAAUGCCGGCGACCUUAUCAGUGACUCGUCUCUCACGCUGGAGUUGGUGCGCACUUUGGGACAAGGUGCGUUCAGCAACGUGUGGCUUGCGAAAGAUGCGAAGAAUCAGCUGGGUGCGUUGGAGCUCUCGCGCAAGUCGAGUCUGAUUCGAAGUCGGAGUCUGAAGCGAGGCAGGUCGAAACGCAUGGAUGGCACAAUCCCCACCCCAACCCCGAAGCCAAGAACUACUGCUGCCUCGCGAGUGGGCAAGAAGAAGUCUUGUGCUUCUGAAUUCGGAUCCGAGGAUAGGACUGAUAGCUCGGAAAGUAUAUACAUCUCUGCUGCAGAUAUCGGAGGAAGACCGGAGCCCGACUUGAAGAGGAAGCAACAAAGCUCGGAAGGCCGUCUCGUUGCGGUGAAGAUGACAGAUCGCACGCUGUGCGAUAAGAACGAUAGGACGCGAGUGAGCUUUGUGAGGGAAGUUGAAGUACUUCGGCAUAUCAGCCAUCCGUCUAUCGUAUCUUAUCUCCACUCUUUCAGCACACCGUCGUAUCAUUGCUUAGUCCUGGAAUAUGUCGGAGGCGGAGAUCUAUUCGACUUGAUUGACUCUGCUGAGAGUCAUGCGAUGGUGGAUGAAGCGCUCAUACGAAGAAUGUUUGGCGAACUUUGCAAAGCUGUCGGGUGGAUGCAUGGUGUAGGUCUUGUCCAUCGCGAUAUCAAGCUGGAAAACAUCCUCCUCACCUGCCGUCCACUAACCGACCCUCUGCCUAGCCUCCCAGCCCCUCUAAUCAAACUCACCGACUUUGGGCUCUCCCGCUUCAUAGACCCAAACCAACCUCUCCUCACCACGCGCUGCGGCUCAGAAUCCUAUGCCGCGCCAGAGCUAGUUACAGGUCGGCCAUACGACGGACGAGAAACGGACGCAUGGGCUUGCGGCGUGGUCUUAUACGCCAUGGCAACGCGACGAUUACCGUUCGACAGACCAAAGCAAGGACAUCAUGGACCCAAAGAGGAGGCGAAACUUUUUGCGAAGGAUGGUGAUCAUAAUCGGGCGGAGCGCAAGGCGCUGUUGGUCCGUAUUGCGAAGGGAGAGUAUUCUUGGCCUGUGGUGGAUGAUGUUGAUGCGGAUGCCGAUGUUGGGGCUGUGGAGCCGUUGCGUGGUGUAGGCUUGUGUGCGAGUGAGGGUAUUCGACGCGUGGUUGGGAAACUCCUUGUUAGAGAGGCGAAGAAGCGCGAGAAGGUCAUUGAUCUUUGGGAAGACGAGUGGAUGAAGGGAGAUGGUGCGCCGAUUCCGCCUCAGCUUCCUAUGCCUCAAGAUGAACUUCCGGGUAAUGCUGCUGCUGCUACUUCUCCUUCCUCGACAACGACGAUGACGAUGACGGGUGGUGACGAGGAAGCUGAAGCUCAGCUGCCUACCAAUAUCCUCCACAAUCAUGGUGAAAAUGAAGUCUGUGCUGCUUGCAUAGAUGCGUUCGAUGAUGAAGAUGUGGAUGAUGGUGUACUUGUUGAUGGGGAUGAUAUCGGACCAGGGUCUGUCGCUCGUCAGGAGCAUUAGGACCUCCCGAUCAUCAUGCCACUUUUCGAGUUCCCCCAUUCUCUUUCUUCGAUCUGAUUUGGAGUUCUUUUUUUUUUCGUGUGUCGACGAUGAAAUUGUAGGAAAAUGAUUCCGUUGUCCUCUUGUUCCACACAAAGCUAUAUGGGUAAUCUAUAUGUUAUUUUGCUGUUGUUUUUAUAGUCUAGUCUCCACCUCCACCUGCAGAGUCGUUAAACCGUAUAUUGUUUUCUUUUUCCCUUUCUCUUUCCACUCAAGCUCCCCUAGGCCUUCCCAGCAUCAUGUGUUUACACCCGUCGUCGCAAUUUCUUUUUCGUCGUUACAUACAUCCUAUAUUUCUAUUUGAAGCCAUGGUCACCCCAUCCAUCCAUCCAUCCCCAGCUGUGUUUGCAUGUGUAUAUGAUAUCAAGCUUAUAGCCCUGUGUUUUUUUUUUCGUUAUUCUAUCACCCUGAUUAUGUCUGUUUUGUCACCCAAUAAUGUAAUCAUGUUAUGACUGUUUCGUGGUGAAUAUUUCUUGUUGCUAUGGUUGGUUUCUAUUGUCUAGGCGCAACAAUUCAAUGUUCAGAAAGAACAUUUUAUAGCU